UUUCUGUGAAACCGCGUUGAAGUAUAGCUGGUGUGUUCCUUGACGUGAUUGUUCUGGCGCUUCUAGAACGUUCCCGAGUCUUCAUUACAUUUUUCAACCCGUACGACAUAUUCCGGCCGAUCUUGACGGUUCUCAGGUUGUCUUAAUAAGAUUACUGUAGAACUUAAAUCACAUCACAAUGUUGAGCGCAGCUAAAUAUGUUGCACGUCGGGCUACAGAGCAGUCGCUACUUGUUAAACAAGAUAUAAUAUCUAAAGCUUUAUGUCUUAGCCCAUUUCAAACUCGGCAAUCAUCAACUAAGGGUGUCCAAGGUCAUGUUAUCGGAAUUGAUCUUGGCACAACCAAUUCUUGUGUGGCUGUUAUGGAAGGCAAACAACCCAGAGUAAUUGAAAACUCUGAAGGAUCAAGAACUACACCUUCAGUUGUGGCUUUCACUAAAGAUGGAGAAAGAUUAGCUGGUACUCCUGCUAAAAGACAAGCUGUAACUAAUACCCAAAAUACUUUUUAUGCUACUAAAAGGCUAAUUGGUCGGCGUUAUGAUGACCCUGAAAUACAAAAGGAUUUAAAAAACUUGACGUUUAAAAUUGUAAAAGCCACUAAUGGAGAUGCUUGGGUGCAAGGUUCAGAUGGCAAGAUGUACUCCCCUAGUCAAAUUGGAGCAUUUGUCUUAAUUAAAAUGAAGGAAACAGCUGAUUCAUUCUUAGGAACAAAUGUUAAAAAUGCUGUAAUUACUGUUCCAGCAUAUUUCAAUGAUUCUCAGAGACAAGCUACAAAGGAUGCUGGACAAAUUGCUGGACUCAAUGUCUUGCGUGUUAUUAAUGAACCUACUGCUGCUGCGUUAGCAUAUGGCAUGGAGAAAGAUAGUGAUAAACUUAUAGCUGUCUAUGAUUUAGGUGGUGGUACUUUUGAUGUUUCUAUUUUGGAAAUCCAAAAGGGUGUAUUUGAGGUCAAAUCAACCAAUGGAGACACAUUGCUCGGCGGUGAAGAUUUCGAUAAUUUAUUAGUUAAUUAUUUAAUAUCUGAAUUCAAAAAAGAGCAAGGUGUUGAUUUAAAUAAAGAUGUUAUGGCUUUGCAACGUGUUAAAGAGGCUGCUGAAAAGGCGAAAGUUGAAUUAUCCUCUUCUCUUCAAACUGAUAUCAAUUUACCAUACAUAACUGUUGAUAGCUCUGGCCCCAAACAUUUAAACUUAAAAUUGACCAGAGCUAAAUUUGAAGGACUGGUUGGUGAUUUGAUUAAAAGAACGACAGGUCCAUGUCAAAAAGCUGUAAAGGAUGCUGAAAUAAAACUUUCUGAUAUUUCUGACGUAUUGUUGGUUGGGGGAAUGACUCGUAUGCCUAAGGUGCAGUCUUUGGUUCAAGAAAUAUUUGGAAAACAGCCUAGUAAAGCAGUAAAUCCGGAUGAAGCCGUUGCUGUUGGAGCUGCAAUUCAAGGUGGUGUGCUGUCUGGAAGUGUAACAGAUGUGCUUUUGCUGGAUGUCACUCCGUUAUCUCUUGGUAUUGAAACAAUGGGUGGAGUAUUCACUAGCCUCAUCUCUCGUAAUACAACCAUUCCAACCAAGAAAAGUCAAGUUUUCUCUACAGCUGCUGACUCUCAGACUCAAGUAGAAAUUAAAGUAUUCCAAGGAGAGAGAGCAAUCGCUGCUGAUAAUAAGCCCCUCGGCCAGUUUUCAUUGGUUGGAAUUCCACCUGCACCAAGAGGUGUUCCUCAAAUAGAGGUUACAUUUGAUAUUGACGCUAACGGUAUAGUUCAUGUUUCUGCCCGUGACAAGGGUACUGGUCGUGAACAACAAAUAUCGAUCCAAUCUUCUGGUGGUCUAAGUAAGGACGAAAUAGAAAAUAUGGUGAAGAAUGCUGAACAAUAUGCCCAACAAGACCAAGUUAAAAAAGACCGUGUUGAAGCCCUCAAUCAAGCUGAUUCUAUUGUUAAUGAUACUGAAAGCAAAUUAACAGAAUACCAAGUACAUAUACCUGAAGAAGAUGCCUCCAAUAUACGUGAACUAAUUAAAGAAGUAAGAGAAAAAAUCGCACAAGCACAGGCUAGUGAACAAGAUCCUGAAGAAUUAAAAGCUAGUACACAAAAAUUACAACAAGCCUCGUUGAAAAUGUUUGAAGUAGCCUAUAAGAAGAUGGCUGCCAAACGUGAACAAGAAAAUAGUGGCAAUCAAAACCAAAGUGGAGAUGGUCAGACAACCGAGCAAGAAACUACUAAAAAAGAGCAAUAAAAAAGUUUCUAAUAAUGUAGUUGUCUCCAAAUUGUAGUAGUAAAAAUUGCUAUUUGUUUUUUAUUCAUAGUAUGUAAAUAAUAUUGUAUAUAUUUAUAUUAUAAUUAUACACAUUUUAUAUAUAAUAAUUGAAUAUGUUAUUAUACCAAAUAUUCACUGACAUAGGCUCCUAAUGAUCACUUUAUUUUUAGGACAACUUAAACUUUCUUGGAAUUAUUGAUCAACUAGAGUAAAUCCAAAACAUUUAUUGGAAGUUUGGUCUCACUUAUUUGUAUAUUAGCUUACAUAAAAUAGUCAUAAAAUGUAUGUUAUACUUACCUAUGCGCUAUUUUGUAAUAAAAAGGUUUGUGUUAAAACAGUUAAA